UAACUAGCCACACUCACACAUUUCUAUGACACAUAAAUCGUAUUUGUUGAAUCAGGAACCUUUAACAGGAAGCUGUGAUUCGGCAGAGUUCCUGUCACUCACCGCUAAUGGGAAACCUCAGGUUAGGUAGCGCCGCUGUUCCGCCUCCUUCAAACUGGCAAGCCGCUGUAGUUAGCAGCAGCACGGCGAAUGUUUCUUUGAAUAUCCACUCAUUGAAUGAAAGUCAGGGGCAGGCUGUGGCCAGUAGCUGCAAACACACCAAGGUUUUCUUACAGGGUGGCUUGUGGACGAUUGGCGACACUGUGCGAGCAUUAGUGCGACCGGUACACCCCGACAGAAAGAGGUUAAAGGCGGUUGUGAAAGGGAAAGAAGCAGUUUGGGCUUCGUUCGGAAAGAUACCGACCCCGGCUGUCUCUGUGACCCAGGAGCAGGGGGAAGACUGCGCGGCGUGUGAAGCAAUGCAGCGGGUCACGGCGCAGCUCGUCGCCGGGCUGCUGGCAGCGGUGCUGUCUCUGCUGUCCGAGCGGUGCUGGGCAGACGGCGGGGGCCCCAGCCUCGCAGAGCGGGUUAUCUGGGCUGUGAACGCCGGGGGAGACUCGCAUGUGGAUGUGCACGGUAUUCAUUUCAAGAAGGACCCGUUGGAAGGGAAAAUUGGUAAAGCAUCUGAUUACGGGGUGCGUCUGCCAAUCCUUCGCUCCAGUCCCGAGGACCAGAUUCUCUACCAGACGGAGCGGUACAAUGAAGACACUUUCGGGUAUGAUGUCCCCAUUCGUGACGACGGAGACUAUAUACUAGUCAUGAAAUAUGCAGAGGUUUACUUUGCACAGUCGCAGCAAAAGGUGUUUGACGUCCGCGUAAACGGCCACACUGUGGUUAAGGACCUGGACAUCUUUGACCGAGUGGGCCACAGUACCGCUCACGAUGAGAUAGUGCCGUUCUCUAUUAAAAAAGGCAAGCUAAGCGUGCAAGGAGAGGUGUCCACCUUCAACGGCAAGCUCACAGUGGAGUUCGUAAAGGGUUACUAUGACAACCCCAAGGUCUGCGCGCUCUACGUCAUGAAGGGGACUUCAGAAGAUGUACCGAAGCUUCAGCCUCACCCCGGCCUGGAGAAGCACGAGGAUGACGAGGAAGAGGAGGAGGAAAGCGAAGCAGGCGAGGAAGGUGGGAAGAAAAAGGUCCAGCCGGGCUCCAAGUACAGGGUGCAGUCGGGCCCCCGGACGCCGAACCCCUACGCAGCCGACAACAGCAGCCUAAUGUUCCCCAUCCUGGUGGCGUUCGGAGUCUUCAUCCCCACGCUGUUCUGCCUCUGCCGGCUGUGAGCUGAAAGUAACUGAGGGGGUGGGGGAGAGACGCCAGCAGGCAGAGCAUAGAGAGAGAGAGAGAGAAGAGGAGGGGGGAGGAUGGAGAGGAGGUCACCGUGACAACAGCAGCACAGGUACAAGCAUCCACACAGGAGAGGGAGCCAAAGGCCGGAGGAAAAUCAUGACGGAGGACAAGCAAAAAGAAAAAAAAGAGACAAGUUAUCGGAAAGCCACUGCCAGACGAAGCGAAGCUUUAUUAGGAAAACAACAAAAAGAGAUGUGGGAAGUGUAUUCUGCACGCUUCCUCGAAUGUGCUUCGCAUCCUCCUCUGCUGACACUUUUUCUUUUCUUUUUGAACAAUCUUAGUCAUUUCCAUAAAAAUAAAAAAAAAAACAAAAAAACAAGAAACCGGCUGGGCAGGAUUUUCAGAAGUACAGCCGCCAUGCAAGAAGCUGCAGUUCAGGAGCGAUUUGAGUCUGGGCCAAUUUUCUAAACGAAAACACUUGGCCUUCGUACGGGGCGCGACACAGGAGCGCGCGCUCCUUAGCAUCUGGUCAGACGCGUUCGGCUCAGAAUGAAAAUGGUGCUGCUUGGAAAUUGGGUAUCUAGAGUAGAAAGUGUGAACGAGACGGUUCGUGUGUGUGUGUGUGUGUGUGGUUUUUUGUUUGUUCAGAUCUAGCUGGCCUUCUGUCGUCUACCUGCCAUACGACAAUGAAAGACGGAGGGAGUUACGCUUGUACCAGCUCCGUAGCUGGCACUUCGUUUGCUGUCCUUGCCUCUAUAUAAACACAUUUUAUCGCGGUGCGUUAAAAUGCAUUAAAAACAAAACCGUCUUUGGAGUCGUCACAGAUUCUGAUUUGCAGUUUUUGGAAAUACCCAACGCAUUUUAAGCUGAUUACCGCCCCAAACGUGGAUCCGUCAGGAAGCCUUUACAAACUAUUUGUCAUUGUUCAAAGACAAAGUUUGUGCUGUGAAAUGCUGAAGUAUCCAUAAAGGUCAUACAGGUGCAGCUCAAUAAGUCAGAAUACCACGGAGAACAUGAAGUUCAGAAAUUUGGUUCUAAAAGUGAAACCUGUGUAGAUUAUUUUAAAUUAAAAUAUAUAUUAUGGCUUACAACUAAUAUCCCAACAUUUCAAAAAACAUAUUUAAUACAGAAAUGUUGAAAAAUAUCUCCACCGCUGCAGUCUUAACCAAUCGAGUACAGAAACUAGGAUCGGUGAAGUUAUUGUUUUAGAAAACAAAAUGUGCAUCAAAAAUUGUUGCCUUUCUAAAACAAUGAUCCAAGUCAUUUUUUUUAACAAGAUUAUAUAGGCAAAAACAAUUAUUUAAAAAAAUAAUAGUUUUGGCUUUGAUCGUUAUUGUAGGAAGGUGACGAUGUGCUGUCAGAUGAUGUACUAAUGUUGGACUCGAUUUAAGAAAAGAAUAAUAAUAUCUGAACUACACUAACGGAUGAAAUGGCUUUCUGAAUCACCGACUACGAAACGGGCCUCUUGAAGCAUCGUGAAUCUUCUCCAAACUCUUAAAACCUGCGGCAGUCCGUGUUCUUACUUCAUCCUUUCCUACCACACUUUGUCCUUCCACUCAAUUUUUCUUUAAUAUGGACUCAGACCAGCUUUCUUCAUGAUUGUGUAGGCCAGAAUGGCUGCCGUUUCUACAAUAAAAAAUACAUUUAGUGUUGCGGUUUUCAUUAGCUGUAAGCUGCAGAAGCAGCUUGAAAUGCAUCACUCUGUAGAGUUUUAGUUUUUGAUCCAAGUUACAUUUAUUGGAUGAUGAAACAUUUUAACACGUUUAUUGUGUUGCACCUGUACAGCUUUUUAAAAAUGUUUUAUCCAUACAUUCAUUCACUUGGCAUGCAUGCCUCUCUGUUUCACCAAAGACUUUCUGCUUUUUCUUCUUCAGCAGACGGAGGAGUUGGCCUGUCUAAUCGCGGUUUUCUUCAAAUUGCCAGCAACAUUCAUAGAGAACGCCGUUAAUCCAAAAUUAAUCGAACGGCCGAUUAAAGUUUGACAUUUCUCCAACUUCUUCAAGGUAGUGAAUUUUAUUUACUCUUUUUAAGUCGAGGAUAUCCUCUUCGUGCCAUGGACCAGUUGCUCCUCUGUCUACAACGAAGCCUUCUCCGCGUUUUAAGCGUUUCGUUUUCCGUGCCGGUCGGCGCGCACACGUUCCGCUCGUCCUGCAGGUUUCCCUCGUUCGCACCACAACUCUGUCGGCAGGGGGAGAAAGCACAAGAGUUAGAAAUAUCUGAUGUCUGCCAACUUGCCACACGCGUUUUCCUUUGGGCCUUUUCAAGCUGUGUUGUCUUAAACGUUUCGUUUUUGUUUCUGUUUGUUUCUGUUCCGUACGAGUUUGUUCUGAAAGUCCUGCUUUGAUCGGUCUGAGUUUUUGGAUGACUGUGCGCGUUGUGCCCCGUACGCAGAGUGAAAUGCGGCGCUGUUCCUCGUUUUCUUUUUUUUUGUUGUUUUGGUGGAGUCCCAGUGAACCCUCCUGUUCAUGGAUCUAGUUACCCCUCCUAAGUGCUUUUGCUCCCAGGAUGACUUUGAAACUUUGCCUCCUCCCUUCAGUGCUCCUUCUCUCAGCCUUUCCCUCUCCAGCAUAUGAAAGUACUUUUGUAUACUGGAGUAUUGACUUUUACGUAAAAGUACCGUUUAUGAUAAUCUACUGUAAGCGGUACUUGAGGUGGGAAAGCGAAAGGAAAAAAAGUCAGAUGUUGGGGAUCUUUCCACCGUCCUUGAUUCUCCUCUCCCUUUUCUUUAUUUUUUGAUACACGGUUUUCAAGAAGUUUUGUGCCAGAAGCUGUUGGGUCAGUCGUUUUUGUAGUUCUGCCUCGGCUGUUUGUUUGUUUGUUUUUUCUCAUCGAAAUCAGAAGCAGCUUUUCUUUCUUGUGUCAAGAGGCCAAGCAUUCAAUUAGUUCAGCACCAAAGUCACUAUUUUCCUGCUUCUGUUCGUCUACACGGUUGUGUGUGUGUGUGUAUGUAUAUAUAUAUAUAUAUAUAUAUAUAUAUAUAUAUAUAUAUAUAUAUAUUUAUAUAUGCGGUACAGAAAGCGGUUUUGGUCUCAUAGUCUUCGGGGUCUCCUGUCAUCGUUGUAGCCGAGGUGUUCGUUUGGAUGUUCAAAUCUGUGGCCUUUCAUUCUGGGCGGAGGGAGGAGCGCUCGUUGGUGCAUAGCGUAACGGGGGGGGAAAAAUGACAAAAAGCCGCUUUAAGUGGCUGUUUAGAAAAUGUAAGAUGUCGGGAUAACGUGGGAUCUAAUUUAAAUCGGAGCGGGGCUGACUCGGAGAUGUUUUAUAUUAUGCCUGGAUUUGUUCGAGUUUUUUAUUUUUAUUUUUCUCUUCUUCCUCAGGAUCUGUUGAGUUUGUGAAACAUAUUUUAUUGGUGUGACAUUUUUGCACUGCCUCAUGUAAUUUUUCCUUUUUUUUUUUCUUUUCGUUGCCUUGAAUUAUUGAAUACAUUGUGCUUUACCAUCGUUCGCCUUGAGAUUGCUCUUUUGUUCGUCGUACAAGAACAUCCUGGCUGCUUUGUCGUCAGAACAGUUUUCAGGGAUUUCUCAUUCCACGUAAUGGGGCGUGUUAAGAAGCAGAUCAGCAGAAUUAUUACACCUAGAGACUCACUGACCUCAAUUUUACAAAGGAGCAAAGCCAGUCAAAAAAUAAAUAAAAGAGAAAAUCCAUCCUGCUCUGAUUUCUAGGACCUGUUUGUUUGUUUGUCCAUCUCAGCUGAAUGAACUAGACUGGAGGUUUUUUUGUUUGUUUUUUUUUCUUCUUUUUCUUGCCACACAGGAACCAAAGAAAUGUCAUCAUUCCAUCUAAUUUCUUUCAUACACUCACACAAGAUUGAGUUCAGUUAGAAACUAAUCGAUCGGCGCGUCUCUACUUCAAAUAUAUUUUUAUUUUCCUCCAUCUCACCUGAUUAACAAGUUGAUCAAAAAAUGUCCUCAGAUUUUUUAUUUUUUUUUGAAAACCCUGUUUGUCUACCUUGACAACUUUUUUUUAAAGAAAAGAAAAAAGCCUGAACAUCCGGUGUUAUUGAUAACAAAUGUUCACUGGCGUCUUUCCUUUCACCCUCCCCUCCACCCAGAUUAGCUGAAUGAAUUGGACUCCUUCGCAGUGAGACGCGGCUGAGGAGCGGAACGGCUCGCUCAUCAGUCGUACCACCAGCCAGGUCUGCUGCCGGUCACGCGGUGCGAUUGUGCGAGAGCAUGAGAUUGUUUUGCUACACGCAUCCCGUCAUACUUGUAGAUACACGUGCCCGAGAAACGUCCGAGAAGGCGGCGUCGGCAGCAGCAGGUGGACUGACGAAAUAUUUGUAAGACCUCUGAUCUUGUGACGCAGAUGUGGCAUAUUUCAAGAUGCAAGAUGGGAGGGGGGGGAAUUGCUGAUUUAUGCUGUAUCUUUUUAAUAAAUGUGCUAUUUUUAUCAGAA